AUGUUCCGUCUUCUGAAUCUGCGACCGAAGACUUGGGGCGUCAGAGCCUCGGAUGAGGGCCAUAAGGACUCUGAUGACGCGAAAAACGGCCACCAAACUCCAUUGGAUCAGUAUCAAGAGGACUGUGCCGGGCUCACCCCAAUUGCCAUUUGUGGAGUGGCUCUCCGUCUGCCUGGCGGUAUUUCUCAUCCGGAUGAGCUAUGGGAUCUUCUAACGAGCAAUCUGGAUGUCCGAUCAUUUGGAUUAGCUACCAGGCAUGCCCGUGGAAAUGGAACCAUGUCUGAACCUGGUAUGCCUGAUGGACUGUCGCUCGGGCAAGGCAAAAAUGCCCUCGAUGCCUCGUUUUUCUCUCAUGUCCCCAAAUCAUUUGAUCGGCCCCAAGGAUGGGAGAAAGUUUUGGAAGUGGCACGCGAGUGUCUUGACGAUGCGUGUGAAGCUGGCUCUGAAGGGAAGAAUAAUGCAAGGGUUUUUGUUGCAUCUUCCAGGCCACAAGCUUUGGGUAUGGCAGACAGUUUGUGUCGAGCACUGAAACUCGACGGAGCAAGUAAGGAUGUGAUUUCCGAAUCAUCGGCAUCGUUCAUUGCACUCAAUGAAGCUUUCGACUCCUUGAGUAAGGGUGAGAUUGGUUCUGCCCUAGUUAUUGGUGUGAACUUGUUCGCUGGACAUGAUGGCACAAACCCACUUGAAAAGCCUGAUGCUUUCAAGACUAGCAACCAAAUCAAUGGCUCUUCGAGAGGAGAGGCCAUAUCUGCAGUAUAUAUCAAGUCUCUGCGAGAGGCUCUUAUAGAUGGAAACCCCAUCCGGGGAGUCAUCCGCGCUAUACAUAAGGACGAUGUCGAUACAAAUGGUGUGCCUGGAGUUUCCCUGGAGGAAACAACAGAAGAAAUAAUACGAAAGACGUAUGAAAAAGCCGGCUUGGAUCCCUCCAGGACGGCUUACUUUGAGACUCAUGGCACUGGGUUCCUUGAGAAGGGCAACCCAGAAGCAGACUCUAUAUGUCGUGUUUUUGGUGAAAAUAAUAUCAGCGUGGGUUCCGCGAAAUCCAAGUUGGGUAAUAACGAGGGUGCUGCAGGCAUCACCAGCGUGAUCAAAGCCUUACUCUCACUUGAGCGAAGAAUCAUCCCACAAAGUAUUCGACCUAACUCUGUGGGACAAACUAGCUCAUCAACCAGACUGCUGGUCCCAUCAGAACCCACUCCUUUCCCAGAUGACCGAGCUGAGAGAGUUAGCAUAAACUCUCUGGGGUCUCAAGGGAACAAUUUCCAUUUGAUUAUUGAAUCAUUCGCCACUAAGAGGAUUCAACUUGAAAGUCCAGAACCAGGAGAUCCUGAAUUGUUGCUGUUUUCUGCGGAGACUCCGUCGUCAUUGACUAGGCAGAUCCGGACUCACCAUGACUUUUACAAAGCCACUAGGGCCCGAGGGGCCGACAUUGCUCACACGAGAGCUAUGCGUCGUGAAGCUUUGCGACAUAGGGCUUUCUCAAUACUACACGAGGGAGAGUUUCUCAGCACGUCGAGCAGUAUUGAGAGUCGAGCCCGAACACGCAGCCUAGUAUUGGUUUUCAGUGGACAGGGAGCACAAUGGGCAGGGAUGGGAAAAGAACUAAUCCAAACUAACCCUGAAUUUCGAGCAGAUAUCGAAACGAUAGACGAGAUUCUUGGCAAUCUAAAAAAGCCCCCAACAUGGAAGAUUUUGGAGGAAAUACAGAAAAGUGCAGAGGAUCCUGGAAAUCAACUUGGGCAUCCUGAGUUGUCACCUCCUAUAUGUACCGCCUUCCAGAUUGCACUAUUCAGAUGGCUACAACGUCUGGGCGUGCAUGCAGAAGCCGCAAUUGGCCAUUCAGGUGGCGAAGUAGCCGCGGCAUAUGCUGCUGGUUAUCUGAGCAUGGAACACGCAAUGGCUGUUGCAUACUAUUAUGGAGACGUUGCCACAGGCAAUGGCUCUGAUGGAGACAUGGCGGCUGUGAGCUUGGGCUCUAGCGAGAUACACGGCUUCCUGAGAGACGGCGUCGUGAUCGGCUGCGAGAAUAGCCCAGCGAGCACGACUCUGUCUGGAGACCGAAAGGUCUUGGACGAGAUUCUGUCGUCGAUUAAAAAGGAAAGACCUGAUGUCUCUGCACGUAGGCUGAACGUCAAUAUGGCCUAUCACUCUCAUCAGAUGAGCCCGGUAACCGAAAGGUUUCUCGAAAAUCUGUUGAUAGAGGGCGUUUGUUUCUCAAGGCCCCAGGAUGGGCGUGGAUUGGCUUUCAUCUCCAGCAUACAGGGCCAAGUGGUUGAUCACCCAGAGUUCCUCGGACCUGAUUAUUGGGCCACGAAUCUCAACAGUCGGGUCCGCUUUAGCACUGCUAUCAAAAAGUAUCUGAAGAAUAGAGGAGAGUGUUUGUUCCUGGAGGUUGGGCCGCAUUCCACGCUUGGUGUGCCACUGCGACAGAUUUGCGAGUCUGAGGACAUGCCAUAUAACUAUGUGCCGUCUCAGAAGCGGAACACAAACAGCCAGAUAACGUUUCUUUCAGCAGUCGGGAGACUCUGGCAAGAGUCUGCAGUCGCAAAUCUGGCACCGAUUUUCAGCCAUGGAAAGGCAAUCUCGGGACUUCCAUCGUACCCAUGGGACUACGGUCACACCGGUAACGACACAGAUGACAGCUCACGAAUGAAGCGUGCAUUUUCCAACCUAAACGAAAGGGCACCAAAGGAGAGAAGAGAAAGAUUAAUAUCUAUCUUCAGAGAGGGGGCUUCAGAUGAACUGGCUGACGAUGAGGUCCCGACAACGGAAGCUGAGAUGGUCCUUCGGGUUCUAUGGAGGUGUGUGCUCCAAGGCAUCAUCACUACGAGAGCCUCGGCGAUCGGCAAAAAGCACAACUUCUUGCUGCUUGGAGGCGAUUCUCUAGUUACCAUAGAGCUGGUAACAUUGGCUAGCCGUUUCGGUAUUCAUAUGGUGCCAGCUGAUGUUGUUCGACACCCGCGGCUUUCUGAAAUGGCCGCAAUCGCCUCUAUCGACGACGACCAUGUUGAAGUUGACGUUCAGCCUUUCAGCAUGCUAGGCCCCCAGGACCCGGAAGAGGCAAGAGAGAAAGUAAGAACCGAGUGUGGUUUACUUGAGGACCAAGAAAUCCAGGAUGUAUACCCUUGUACGACCCUCCAAGAAGGCUUCAUGGCGCUGGGCGUCAAACAACCAGGCUCUUAUAUUCACCGCUGGGUUUACAAGUUACCGAAUAGUCUGAAUCUUGCGCGCUUCAAACAAGCAUGGGAAAAGGUUAUGAAGAACUGUGAUAGCCUGCGUUCCAGAAUUGUUCUAGUUGAGAACAAAGCUUUGCAGGCCGUCAUCAAAGACGAUAUCGCUUGGGAACAUCCUGCGACUGGCGUCAGUCUGUCAACGCACGUGAGAAAAAUCAGCAACACAGUCAAGAUGAGCUACGGAGACCGACUCAACCGUUUCGGGAUCGUGCAGCAAGAUGAUGGCGAGCUCUAUUUCCUCUGGACCAUUCACCAUGCUGCCUUUGAUGGCCUGACAAUGAAGAUUGUUCUGGAUGGUUUAUACCAUGCUUACCAUGGCCACACCUUGGAACCCGUGCAACCAUACGCCAACUUUAUCCAAUACAUCCAGUCUAUUGAUGCUGAAGAUGCGAGUAGGUAUUGGCGGAGUGAGCUGGAGGGCGCAAGCAAGGCCCAGUUUCCUACCUCACAUCUGCCUGCCAGGCCGGCAAACUCUGCCCUGGUGAUGAAAUCGACUAUGCCCUUCCACAAUCUGACGAAACCUUCCUCCACCGCCGGUACUAUACUUCGAGCCGCGUGGUCGAUUGUUCUUGCAAAGUAUUGCGGUACGAAGGAUGUGUGUUUUGGAACGACUGUAUCUGGAAGGCAGGCACCAAUCUCAGGAUUGAAUGAAAUUCCAGGGCCUAUGAUUGCCACAGUUCCUGUUCGUACUCAGAUUGACAACACGAAGCUUGUCUCCGUUUUCCUUCGCGAGGUUCAGUCUCAGUCGGCUGAAAUGGCCCGGUAUGAGCAGUUCGGCCUGCAGAAUAUCUCCAAGUUGAGCCAAGAUGCGCAGGACGCUUGCGACUUUGCCCACUUGAUGGUUAUUCAGCCCAUGCACCACCUGGACAGCGUUGCCGUUACCGCUGAGGAUAACGUUUUGAUAAGUGGAAGAGAAGAGAGGGCUUUGUCCGAAGAGGCAAUGAAGACGUAUUUCAACUACCCUCUCGUAGUGCAAUUGCGUGUUGGUGACGGUCAGGUUGAGAUCGACUUCACCUACUACCCAGACGUCAUUGGCGAGGUGCAAUUGGAAGCACUCUCUCAUCACUUCAAGCGGGCAGUUGAUGAGAUUCUACUUCCAGAAGACAAAACCCUCGGCGAAAUUUCCAUCUCAGGACCUUGGGAUGUGCAGUUCGCCCACUUAUCGAACAGCCGAGAGGAGCCUGAGAUAAUUGAGAGUUGCGCUCAUGAACUUGUCGAGGCACACGCAAAGACCAGACCUGACGCAUUAGCAAUUGACGCUUGGGAUAUGAAAUUGACGUACAAAGAGCUGAAUAAGAAGGCAAAUAGAUUGGCGCACUAUCUGGUUAAGACCUACGAGGUUCAGUCUGAUGAGUUCAUUCCAGUUUGCUUUGAAAAGUCUGCGUGGUUUUUCGUCUCUAUCCUAGCGAUCAACAAGGCUGGAUGUGCUUGGGUCCCUCUUGACCCAUCGCAUCCUUUCGAGCGUCACCGGCAGGUCGUUUCCCAAACAGAAGCGAGAUUCGUGCUUGCUUCUACACAGACGGCCGAUAUGUGUUCUGCGUUGAUCGAACAAGUGGUGGAAGUCGGACAGACUCUUGAUAAGAAGCUCCAGAAAAGGCAGCCGAAAGCGAAUGGGGUUUGCAAGGUAUCCCCAGACAACGCUGCUUAUGUACUCUUCACAUCGGGCAGUACGGGAACGCCCAAGGGUAUCGUGAUAGAACACCGGGGGCUUUGUACGAGCUUGAAUGCAAUAGUCAAGCGACUGGGGAUGCAGCCAGAUGCAAGGGCGCUUCAAUUUGCGUCUUAUGUAUUCGACUUUUCGGUUUGCGAAAUCAUGAUGUCCUGGGUCGCGGGUGCUUGCAUCUGCGUUCCUCCUGACGCUGUACGCAUGAACGGUCUUGAUCUCUUUAUCAAUGAUAUGAAGAUUGACUGGCUUUUCCUCACACCCUCUUCUGUUCGUAUUUUGACUCCGGACAGAGUCCCUAGCGUCAGAAUGCUGUUCCUUGCUGGAGAGGCCGUGACCCGUGAUAUUCUUGAUAAUUGGGCUGGGAGAGUCCGUCUUUUCAAUGGAUGGGGACCAGCUGAAACCGUCGUGGUGGACACAUUACAGGAGUAUUCAUCUGCACAUGAAUCACCUAUGAACAUCGGAUAUCCAGUGGGAGGCAAUUGUUGGAUUGUUGAUCCUGACGAUUCUAGCAAACUAGCACCUACUGGAACUGUGGGAGAGGUUCUUCUCCAGACCCCUUCAGUGUUACGUGAGUAUCUUCGGGACAGAGAGAAGACAGACGAGUCAAUACUGGGAACCCCUCCACCGUGGGCUCUCAAGCAAGAUACGAAAUACUUCAGCCGCUGCUUUAAGUCUGGGGAUUUGUGUCGGUAUAAUCCCGACGGAACUUUAGAAUUUGUUUCACGGAAGGGCUCCCAGGUCAAAAUUCGCGGGUUCCGUAUCGAACUUGGAGAGGUGCAACACCAUAUCUUGGCAGUCUUACCCGGAGUACGCCAAGUGGCUGUGGAUGUAUACAAGGGAGAUACCGGCUCUCAAUUGAUAGCAUAUGUUUGCUUCAAUGACAAGAGGCUCCAGUCGGCUGAGAAAUCGCCUUUUAUUCCUCUUAGCGAGGACCUCCAGUUGCUUCUUUCGACCGCAGUAGGAGAGUUGAGCGUCAGAGUACCACAGUACAUGAUUCCUACUCGCUUUAUCCCCUGCUUUUAUAUGCCCAUCUUGACAUCGGACAAGAUAGACAUGAGAAAGUUAAGCAGACUCACAUCCCUUCUUGACCCGGUUGAGAUGAGCAGUUAUGGUCUCCAGAGCAGCAAGAAGCGCAACCCAGAGACCGUGAUGGAGAAGAAGAUUCAGGCCAUGUGGGCAGAUAUUUUGAAACUGCCUCUGGGCAUGAUUGGCCUAGACGACAGUUUCAUUGGUCUGGGAGGUGAUUCUAUCCUUGCCAUCCACCUUGUGAGGGUGGCACAUCAUGCAGGUAUUGGACUCACCGUAAACGCUAUCUUCAAAGAUCCACGUCUGUCAGUAGUGGCGGCCUCUGCCACAGUCUUACAUGGCGAAAGUAGUGUCUCUAUCGAAGUUGAACCCUUCAGCCUAUUGAAAGAAUCGCUGCGCACCAAGGAUGGGCAGGAAGCGUUGAGACACAGCGCAAGCCUUUUACCACACCAAGAACUAGAGGAUGCGUUUCCCUGUACGCAGUUUCAAGAAGGCGCGAUGGCACUAUCGGAGAAACAGCCUGGUUCAUACAUUGCAAAGUUUAUCUACAAGUUGAAAGAAGGAAUUUGUAUGGAACGGUUUACAAAUGCCUGGAAGCAAACUGUCCAACUUUGUGCCAACCUCCGAACCCGAAUCAUAUUCAUUGAUGGACUCUGCUUGCAGGUAGUUGUCCGAAAUGAUGAACAGCCGGAUUUUGCGGAGUUUGGAAGCGUGAAAGAGGCGGUCUAUGAGGCUCAGUCUGCAAAGAUGACAUAUGGUUCGCCGCUCAGCCAUUUUUCUUUGGUGAAGGGUGGCCAGGGCAACAGCACGCAUUUCAUCUGGACAAUGCAUCAUGCGGUUUUCGAUGGAUGGAGCGCUAAGAUAAUAAUGGACACUCUCCAACGGGCGUACUACAAGCAAGAGAUUCGAGAACUGCAACCAUUCCCGCGUUUUGUCAAGCAUAUUUUGGACUCGGAUGAACAGAAGUCAAGCGAUUAUUGGAGUAAGCAGCUUGAAGGAGCCACAAAAGCAGCAUUCCCCUCAGAAUCGGACUCAGGGGCUCGGGAUCAAUCCUCCCCAACCAAGAUUUGGCACCAAAGAAUCGAGCUUAAAGAGUGUAGAAAUGGCCAGUCUGUUACCAAACCGAUCAUUCUCCGUGCCGCUUGGGCAAUUAUCCUCGCGUCUUACUGUGAUACUGAGGAUAUUUGUUUUGGCACUAGCAUGGCCGGUCGUCAAGCAGAAGUUCCAGGCCUGUUGGAUAUGGCGGGUCCAGCGUUAGCAACGAUGCCGAUCCGGGUCUUUCUAGAUGGAAACCAAAAGGUGUCUGAAUUCUUGCGCCAGCUACAAAAGCAGGCCACCGAUAUGAUUCCUUUCGAGCAAUUUGGCCUGCGGAAUAUCUCCAAACUUGAGCAGGUUGAAAAGGACGUAUGCGACUUUACUAGUUUAUUGGUGAUACAACCUAGACAGCACCUUGACUGGUCUGGCAACAACGAGGGUCACGAUUCAGAUGCUCUAUUGAUCCCCACAAGUGCUCAUGGAGGCACAGAUGUGGACUUGAUGCAGGGAUAUUUUGCUUAUCCUCUUGUGAUCCAGUGUCACGUAUAUGACGAAUUCGUUCAGAUGGACAUGACAUACAACUCAGGAGUGCUGUCUGAGUUCCAAAUUCAGGCGCUCUGUCACAACUUUGAACAUGUCACAAAGCAAUUGGUUACAUCAGAUAAAAUCCUACUUUCGGAGGUAUCAGUAGCUGGCACUUGGGACGCCCAGAAAGCGGUGAAUUUUAACCCAGACAGAUCGGAGACGGUUCUUGAAUGUGUUCACGAUUUGAUUGAACAACAGGCCAUUAGAACACCGGAUAAGCCCGCUGUUGCUGCCUGGGAUUCAGAACUGAGUUAUUCCCAACUCAAUAGCGCUGCAAACCGGCUUGCACAUGUGCUCGUCACUGAACAUGGUGUCAAAACGCAAGAUCUUGUUCAUACCUGCUUUGAGAAAUCCGUAUGGAUGAUUGUUUCUAUGUUAGCUAUUAACAAGGCUGGUGCCGCAUGGGUGCCUCUAGACCCCUCACACCCUUUGCAGCGCCAUAAGCAGGUCAUUGAGAAAACAAAGGCCAAGCUCGUACUCGUUUCACCAUCCAAUACGGAGAUGUGUCGAAAGCUGGCCCCGUCUGUACUAGCGGUGACGGCCACACUUGACGAACAACUAGCUCGAAGUAGCCCUGAAAGUGGUCCAAGAAAGCCAACAUCUGCUGUGACUCCCCGAGAUCCAUGCUACGUUUUGUUUACCUCUGGCAGCACCGGGACCCCCAAAGGUUUUGUUAUGGAACACAAAGCAUUGGCGAGUAGUCAAGUGGCUAUGACUAGAGCGUUGGGUAUGAAGUCGGACGUACGAAUGUUGCAAUUUGCAUCUUUCGCAUUUGAUUUGUGCAUUGGCGAGAUUUACUGGCCGCUCAUGUUGGGUGGCUGUGUAUGUAUCCCAUCGGAGCACAUGCGAAUGAACUCGCUUAAGGAAUUCGUCCAUGAUAGGCAAGUGAACGCUGCCAUUAUCACACCGACACUUUUAGAUUCUUUGAAACCAGAAGAUUACCCGAGCCUCAAAAUGAUUGUGACAGCUGGUGAAGCUCUCGGGCAUGACGUGUUGCAGUCGUGGUUCGGAAAAACGCGACUCAUCAACGCCUGGGGACCAGCAGAGACUUGCGUCAUUAAUACUAUCCAUGAAUGGAGCUCGAGCAGAGAGCACCCGUUGAUUCUGGGAAAGCCUGUCGGAUCUCACUGUUGGAUUGUCAACCCAAAGAACCCAUCUCAACUUGCGCCGAUUGGUGUUGUAGGCGAAAUUGUUCUCCAAGGACCGAUGUUGUUGAGAGAGUACCUAGGAGAUCAAGAAAAGUCACGGGAGGUCUUGGUUGAAGAUGUACCUUCAUGGGCUAUACGAAGAGACCAGCCGGACUGGAACAGAUUCUACAGGUCGGGGGACUUGGGAUAUUAUGACCAGGAUGGUAAUAUUGUGUUCUCUAGCCGUCGUGAUGCGCAGGUCAAGAUUCGUGGCCAGCGAAUCGAGUUGGGCGAGGUUGAGCACCGAAUUCUCAAUGCCUUAGACGGAGCAUCUCAGGUUGCCGUCAAUGUACUCAAGAUCGGGGCAACCAUGAGGUUGAUCUCGCACUUCUGCUUCAACGAGGAGGAGAAGCAAGCAAGUGCCGGUGCCAAGGAGGUCAGCGAAAUGUUUCUUCCCAUGACCGAGGCGACCGAAAAUAAGGUCUCUAGGAUGCUGGGUGAGCUGAACGUGACGAUGCCGCAGUACAUGAUCCCUGUGCUUUUUAUUCCAUGUGAAUACAUGCCAGUCAACAGCUCUGCUAAGCUGGAUCGGAAAGCAUUAAUACGUCACACCGAGACGUUAGACCCUGACCAGCUCGCGAGUUAUUCAUUGAGUGAAAGCAUCAAACGGCCACCAGAGACAUCCAUGGAGAAGCGGCUACAAAAACUAUGGGCACAGAGCCUUAAAAUACCUGCAGAGUCCAUUGGACGCGAUGACAGCUUUCUCAGAAUUGGUGGUGAUUCUGUUACUGCUAUUCACUUUGUUGCCAACGCCCGCCAGGAGGGUAUCAAUAUCGUUUUUAAAGACGUGUUUGACGACCCGAGGCUAUGUAAAGUGGCUGAAAGGGCAUCAUAUAGUGCAGAUGUUGGAGUUGGAACUGAGACUUCGGUUGAACCAUUUAGCUUGAUUGAUGAGCAGACCCGCGGAAUGCUGACCGCGGACGGUUUCCACAUGCGGUGCAAUCUACCUCUUGAUUUGACCAUCGAAGAUGUCUACCCAUGCACAAAACUCCAAGAAGGAUUAAUGGCCUUGACAAUGAAGGUUCCUGGGUCGUAUGUCGCCAAACACGUGUAUAGAAUACCUAGCUGUGUUGACACGCUACAAUUCAAAAAGGCAUGGAACCGCACAGUGGAGAUAUGUUCCAACCUUAGAACUAGGAUCGUGUUCGUUGAUGGGAAAUCAUUGCAGGUCAUUUCCAAAGAAUCUCCUCAGUGGGAGGAACUUGAGGGUUAUGACCUCCAUUCCUACCUAAAGACACUCAAGCACCUGGAUAUGGGGUAUGGCUCAAGGCUCAGCCGUUACGCUCUGAUUGAAGAAAGUAGUGGUCAAAGAUACUUUAUAUCCAUCAAUCACCACUCCACAUUUGAUGGAUGGAGUUGGGAUUUGGUUCUUGACACUCUGAGUACUGCUUAUCACAAUGCUCGUUUACCUGAACGGCAACCAUAUUCGGGUUUCGUAGCGUAUGCGUUGAAGGUUGACAAGAUUCAGGCUGAGAACUAUUGGACCUUACAACUCGAGGGUGCAAGCAGAGCUCGAUUUCCUGUCGAACCAAAAGUGAAGAGCUCAAGCCGGGAGAGAGACACAGGGUCCUUUGAGUGCAGCGUCCAACUUGGCAUCGAAACAAAAUCUUCUAUCACGAAGGCUACAAUCUUGCGAGCAGCAUGGGCCAUUCUCCUUGCCCGGUAUAGUGAUACUGAUGAUAUAUGCUUCGGUGUUACUGUCUCUGGCCGAAAUGCCUCUGUACCUGGAUUGGAAUCCAUGGUUGGUCCUGUCUUGGCUACUGUUCCAGUCCGAAUUAUUCUGGAUAAGCGACAGAAAGUGUCAAGCUUUCUACGCAAAGUCCAGGAUCAAGCAUCUGAAAUGGUGGCCUUUGAACAGUACGGACUUGCGGAGAUAUCUCGAAUUAGCCCUUCAUUCAAACAAGCAUGCGAUUUUACCAGCUUGUUUGUUGUCCAAUCUCACCAGCCUAGCAAUGGCUUGACUGAUUCGGUCAUGGAGGUGUUUGAUGGAGGAAAAGAACUUACAAUGGACAUGAUGCAGGAUUAUUUUAACUACCCUCUGGUGACCCAAUGCUCAUUAGCAGGGGAUCAUGUUGACCUUACAUUCGUGUACGAUCGGAACUCAUUGACCGAGUCACAGCUUGGUGCGAUGUCUCGCCACUUUGGCCAUAUUGUUGACCAGCUCCAGCAAGCAAACGGCAACACUCUUCAAUCGUUAUCCGUGUCAGGAUCUUGGGAUUUGGAAUACUCUAUGGCACUGAAUAAAGACAAAGUUCAGUUCCAUGCCAAUUGUAUUCAUCAUAUGAUAACCGACAAAGCCUUGGCGCAGCCUGAUCACGAAGCUAUCUACACCACUGAAGAGUCAAUGUCAUACGCCGUGCUGGAAGACCUGACAUCAUCCUUAGCAACAUACCUUCAGAGUCUAGGUGUUAAAAGAGGAAGCGUUGUUGCGUUGUGCACUCAGCGAUCUAUUCUGGGGAUAGUGGCGAUCCGCCGUGAGGCGUUGGUCAAGGAAGUAAAUGCUUCGAUUAUUAUAGUAUCUCCGUCAACUUUGAAUGCUUGUCAAAACAUGGGUACUACUGCUACUAUCCUGAACCUUUCGAAAUCCUUCGUCUCGAAACUCUCAGAACAGAAACAACAAAGCCAAGAAAAGUCAACGCGAGCGUCUCCAAGCGACUUGGCAUAUAUUUUGUUUACCUCGGGUUCUACCGGCAAACCAAAGGGGAUUAUGAUCAGUCAUUCGGCUCUUUGUACAUCCAUGCAUGGACUGGCCGGGUUCAUAGAUCCCCACCCAAAUACUAGAUGGUUGCAGUUCUCAACUUACACUUUUGAUGCAUGCAUUAUGGAGAUCUUUUUGACACUCGCCUACGGCGGAACAGUCUGUGUUCCCAGCGAUGGUGAGCGGCUACAGGGUGCUCCUAAGUUCAUGACAGAGGCACGUGUGACAGGAGCAGUUCUUACACCAUCCUUUGUAAGGACUUUCACACCUGAACAAGUACCGCUGCUCGAAGUCUUGAUUUUAGCCGGAGAGGCUCCUGCACAAGAUGUUCUUGAUCUUUGGUUUGGAAAGUUGAGACUGCUCAAUGCAUAUGGGCCUACAGAAAUCUGCGUAAUCUGUUGCAUGUAUUCGUACAAAUCAGUCCUGGACUCUCCUCUUAUAAUUGGUGGUUCCACGAAUAGCGCUUGCUGGAUUGUUGAGCCGGAUAACCACAACCAGCUCACACCUAUUGGAUGUGUUGGUGAGCUGAUCAUUCAAGGAAACACCUUAGCACAAGGUUAUCUAAAUGACCCGGCCAAGACGGAAAUGUGCUUUGUCCAAGAUCUCGGCUUCUCGGAAUACUGCAAUGUCGCAACACACAACAAAUUCUACACGACAGGUGAUCUUGUUCGAUACACCGCUGAAGGCGAGAUCGAAUAUUGUGGCAGAAAGGACAACCAGAUUAAGCUUCGAGGUCAGAGAAUCGAACUUGGAGAGAUUGAGCAUAAUAUCAAAGCUCUCUUACAUGAAGCUGAGAAUGUUGCUGUCGAUGUUGUUCGCCAACCGUCUGGUGGGGAAGCGUUGAUUGCAUUUGUCAAUUUUGCUGGGACAUUGGGGAACGGAAAGCCCACAGAGCAUAUCGAAGGAUCAUCGGAAUUUCUAUUGAUUCCAGAUGAGAAAAUGGCUCAGCGUGUGAAGGAAGUAGUCCAAAAGUUGAGAAACGUGCUGCCUGGCUACAUGAUACCAAGCAUGAUUGUGCCACUCAAGAAGAUGCUUUUCAUCUCUUCGAUGAAGAUCGAUAGAAGAGGACUGAGAUCGAUUGGCGAAAAUCUCUUGCCAAAGGAGAUGGAUGCAUUUUCACACAAGAAUCAAGACAUGACGGAGCCUUCGACAAGUAUGGAGCUCAAGUUAAGAGAACUCUGGGCUCAGGUUCUGAAGCUGCCUUCUGAUCGUAUAGGGAAGUAUGACGAUUUUCUCCGAAUCGGAGGCGACUCAAUUACCAUAAUUCAUUUAGUAUCUCUGGCUCGCGAAAACGGAAUUGCAGUCGACAUGAACACCGCUUUUGGAAACUCACGCCUUGACGCAAUGGCCGCCUCAGCAAGCAUCUCGUCGAUGGCCGAUGGAAACUCACUUUUCACGCCCGAGCCAUUCAGCUUGUUAGCUUCAGAUGAAAAGUCCGUAGCGAUGCAUCAAGCAAGUUUGCAGUGCAGUAUUUCGACCGAGCAGGAUAUAGAGGAUAUUUACCCCUGUUCCACCCUCCAGGAAGGCCUUAUUACUUUGGCAGCAAAGCAUCCUGGUUCAUACAUCGCGAGACAUAUUUUCUAUCUCCCUGAUAAUGUGGAUCCAACUCGCUUCAAAUCGGCGUGGGAUAGAACAGUCUCCGAAUGUCAGAUCCUCAGAACACGUGUAAUGCUGUUGGGUAACAAGGCUUUUCAAGUUGUCCUUCGUAACGAGACAUCUUGGGACAUACCUGAUGAAGAUGGCAUCAAAUCUCUUCUGGGAGAUAUGCAGAAUAUGCAAAUGGGGUAUGGAGAUAGGCUUUGCCGAUAUAGUCUUAUCGAGGAUGGGGGAAAGCAGGCAUUUGUCUGGACCAUACACCAUGCAGUCUUCGACGGAUGGUCAAUGCGAAUCAUUCUCUCGCUGCUGAACCAGUGUUACCAUGGGCUUGGCACACCAGAGCAGCCAACAUAUGCAGGGUUCAUCCAGUACACUCAGGAUCUCGACCUAGAUGCCUCAUCUCAAUACUGGAGAGCACAGCUGGAGGGAGCUCAGAGGGCUACAUUCCCCCAGAAUCCUCUCAACAAGGCUGAAAAGGCUAUUAAGAUCUUCAAAAGGCCGAUGAAUUUUGCUUCUACUGAUAUGUCUACGACUAGAGCGUCUGUCCUUCGCGCUGCCUGGGCGUACAUGCUUGCCAGAUACUGUAAUACCGAUGAUGUUUGCUUCGGGACAACAGUUUCAGGGCGCCAGGCACCGGUUCCUGGUGUUGUCAGCAUUGCCGGGCCUACUCUCGCUACAGUACCCGUUAGAGUUAAAAUUGAUCAAAAUAGUACUGUCUCGGAGUUUCUCGAGAGCACACAGGCUCAAAUUCUGGAGAUGGUUCCAUUUGAGCAAUAUGGCCUGCAAAAUAUCUCAAAGACUAGUCCGGAUGCGAAGGAAGCCUGUGACUUUGGUAGCCUGUUCGUUGUGCAGCCUAUGCAGCACUUGACUACGACUGAUGGCCCUCAGCCCGUCAUUGAGCUCAAUUCGAGCAACUCCAACGACGAAGAAAUGAUGGAGAGCUUUUUCAAUUACCCUCUGGUUGUUCAAGUACAUCUUUACCAAGAAUCUAUUGAUUUCGUGAUGUGCUACAACCCUCAUGUGUUGCCCGAACAUAGACUUGAGGCAAUGUACCACCAUUUUGGAAAUGUUUUGCAGCAGUUUUCGUCAUUGCCAGAUGCUAAACUUGAAUCCGUGUCUAUUUCUGGUGAAUGGGAUUUGAAACAAGCUUACGAAGCCAAUUCACACUAUGAGCCACAGGUCGUCGACAGCUGCCCACACCUUAUCAUCGGUAAUCACGCACGACAAGACCCAACUGCGAUGGCUAUCUGCGCCUGGGAUGGAAGGUUCACAUACCAGGAGCUGGAACAAGAAACCGACGGACUGGCUAAUUACCUGAUCAAAGAGUUGUCGAUAACACGUGGCGACUUGGUCGCGUUGUGUUUUGAAAAGUCGGCAUGGUACACUAUUGCAGCCAUCGCGAUUAACAAGACAGGGGCUGCAUGGGUGGCUCUUGAGCCGGCACACCCUCCACAACGUCUGCAACAGAUUGCUCAGCAAGCCAACUUCAAGCUCGUAAUUUCCGCUCCAGCCACUGCCGAGAUAUCGGCUCGUCUUUCACGGCAAUCUAUCGAAAUCGACCACGCGUUCUUUGAGCGUUUGCAGAGAGGAAAGUCUGACCAAAACGGGCCUGCUCUGACAAUCUCGCCGCGUGAUCUCAUGUAUGUCCUCUUCACGUCUGGAAGUACGGGUACACCAAAAGGAGUAGCAAUCCAACAUGGUGCGGUCUGUUGUAGCAUGACAGCUCUCGGGGACCGGAUCGGACUUUCGAAUACGACGAAGUACCUCCAGUUCAGUUCGCAUGUAUUUGACCAGUCUAUCAUGGAGAUUUUCGGUGUUCUUAUACACGGCGGGUGUGUAUAUGUGCCCUCAGAACACGAUCGAAUGAAUAACCUUGCGGCCUACAUUCAUGAGUCUUCUAUUAACUCCAUGAUCCUUCCCCCUUCUCUGGCACGUACGAUUAAGCCCGAUGAGGUUCCAUCGAUCAAUACGAUACUUAUUGGCGGCGAGGCUGGCGGUCGAGAGGUAUUUCAGCAAUGGUACGGAAGUGCUCGGGUUUUCAACGCAUGGGGUCCUACAGAGGCCUGUGUCGCUGCUGCAGCACAUGAAUGGAAAUCUAUCGAGGAAUCCAAUCUAACACUUGGGCGCCCAAUCGGUGGAUAUUGCUGGAUCGUGGAGCCAAACAAUCCCAAGAAGCUUGCUCCAGUGGGGUGCUUAGGCGAAAUCGUCAUUCAAAGCCCCACACUUCUGAAGGAAUAUCUCUUAGAUGAAGAGAAAACGAAGGAGGCCGUUGUGACUGAUAUGCCUGACUGGGCACCAAAUCGCGAGUCUCCAUAUUGGAAUAGGAUGUACCGAACCGGUGACUUGGGCUUCCUGAAUCCUGAUGGUACCGUGGAAUACGCGGGCCGGAAGGAUGCUCAAACCAAGAUUCGUGGUCUGCGGAUAGAACUAGGAGACAUUGAAUACCACGUUCAGGCCGCUCUGGAUGGCAGCUACCAUGUUGCUGUAGACUCCCAGUUGAGGGGUGGGGUGACUAGCUUGGUAUGCUAUUUCUGCCCUCAAAGUCAGAAACAAGUUUCAAGUCGUAGAAAGGAUCCUCAUAAUGAGGCGCUCUUUUCCAACAUGACCGAGGAGUUGCGAAUGAUGUUGGCAUCUCUCGUUGAAAAGCUACGUGACACGCUGCCCCCUUACAUGAUACCAACCACAUUUAUACCGUGCAACCAUAUGCCGCUCCUUGUAUCUGGAAAGUUAAACAAGAAGAUCCUGAAGGAGACUACGAAAACGCUGAACCGGGAGCAAUUGAAUAGUUACUCGCUUCUUGAUGCAGACAAGCAGGCUCCAGAGACCUCUAUGGAAAUCACCUUGCAAAAGCUGUGGGCAAAGGUUCUUAACAUAAAUGAAGAAUCUAUUGGACGUGGGGACAGCUUUAUGGGAAUUGGGGGCGAUUCCAUUGCGGCAAUCCAAGUUGUCAAAGCUGCCCGCGACGAAGGAAUCAAGAUCACAGUCAAGGACAUUUUCGCCGAUCCGCGUUUAUGGCGUGUUGCAGAAACUGCUAAGUUUUUGAACCCUGAUCAGGCCGUACAGUCUAUCUCACCAUUCUCAAUGCUUGAUCAAUCUAUUUCCGAACAGAUCAAUGCUGGCAACGUGUCAGAGGAAUGUGGUCUGGAUGUACAUCAAGUGAUUGAGGAUGCCUAUCCAUGUACAGCCCUCCAAGUCGGCCUCAUUGCACUUUCAGCUAAACAACCCGGCUCGUACAUUGCCAAGUUCGUUUACAAGUUAUCAAGACAUAUUGUCUUAACUAGAUUCAAGGAUUCUUGGAUGAAGACACUCGAAGCCUGUCCUAUUCUUCGCACUCGUAUCAUCAAUUCGAAUGGUCUGCAUACUCAAUUAGUUGUCAAGAAUGACACAUCAUGGGACGAUUCAACUGGAAAUCUAAGGCUAUCAGAUGCUCUGAAGAGGGCUUAUAGCCUCAAAAUGACGUAUGGAACACCCCUCUGCCAUUACACACUUUCCCGAGACGACGGGGGCGACUACCACUUCGUGGCGUCCAUUCAUCACGCAAUCCAGGACGGAUGGACCAUUCGGUUGGUCAUGAACACAUUACUAAGCAUAUAUUCCAGCACAGAGAUUACACCCGUGGUGCCAUAUGCUUGGUUUAUUCAACAUACAACCAACAUGAAUGUUGACGCAGCUAGGACUUACUGGGCGACUCAGCUUCAAGGCGUCAAGCCGGCCUUGUUCCCUGCUGUUAAGCACGGAAAGCAUGAAAAUAGGGGCGCGGUUCGCGUGUUGAAGCAAUCCCUCAGCCUUCAGGAAUCAGUGCAUAAUCGCGUUACAACUGCCACGGUGUUACGCGCUGCCUGGGCCGUGGUGCUUGCAAAGUAUUGUGAUAGUCAGGAUAUCUGCUUUGGCGCAACCAUAUCCGGCCGCCAAGCACCUGUUGAUGGAAUCGAAUCUAUUCCCGGACCUAUCAUUGCAACGGUGCCCAUAAGGAUUCAAUUGGAUACUAAAAAGUCCGUUGAAACCUUUCUUCAGGAUGUUCAGACCCAGGCAUCAGAAAUGGUUAUCUAUGAACAGUUUGGCCUUCAAAACAUCUCUAAGAUUGGACCCGAUGCAAUGGAUGCUUGUAAAUUUUCCAGUCUCUUUGUGGUACAGCCAGCUAGCUUUCUUGCCUCGAGAACGAGAGAAGAUUUACUGGUUCCGAGGUCUGGCGAAGACGAGUUAGCGGAGGACAUCUUGCAGGGCUACUUUAACUAUCCUCUAGUGAUCCAAUGCCAUGUCCACGCUGAGAACGUUGAGCUCCAUGUUAUUUACAACGCUGAGCAUCUUUCUGAGCUCCAGGCUACUGCAAUCUACCACCAAUACGACAAUGUGGUCCGCCAACUUCUUACUACAAGAGAAAGUCUGUUAGGAGAUGUAUCACUUGCUGGUAUAUGGGAUCUGGAAAAGGCUAUCUCGUGGAACACAGAGAAUCCUGAGAUAAUAAACACCUGCUUCCAUACCUUGGUCGAAAGCCAAGCAUCAACAAACCCAGAGGCACCCGCCAUUUGUGCGUGGGAUGGGGAUUUUACCUAUAUGGAACUCAACCAGGCAGCCAAUCGUCUUGCUCACAAGCUUGGUAGAAUCGGGGUUAAGCCACAAGACUUGGUUCAUGUUUGCUUCGACAAAUCUGCAUGGCAUUUUGUCUCAAUUCUUGCUAUUAAUAAGGCGGGUGCCGCCUGGGUGCCCCUCGAGCCAUCUCAUCCAAUUCAACGUCAAAAGCAAGUCGUAUCGCAGACCAAGGCGACUGUGGCUCUCUGCUCACCUUCAAACGCCUCAAUGUGCGAGGAUAUUAUGCCGAACGUGAUAGAAGUACAUAAGGCUUUGGAUGAACGGCUUCGGGCCUCGGAAUUCCCGGACUCUUCCCCUGCAAUCACAGUAUCCACCAGAUCUGCAAUGUACGCGUUAUUUACUUCGGGAAGCACCGGAACACCAAAGGGCUUUGUGAUGGAGCACGCUGCUGUUUGCACCAGUCAGACUGCUGUUGCACAGAGGAUAGGCAUCACACGUAGUGAAAGGGUCCUGCAGUUUGGUGCAUUUGUCUUCGAUAUCACUAUUGGUGAAAUUAUUCUGCCAUUGAUAUCUGGAGCCAGCAUCUUCGUUCCAUCUGAACGCAACAGGAUGAAUAACCUGCCGGAGUUUAUCAGAAAGCAUAGCAUUAAUUGGGCUUGGUUGACGCCGUCAUUCAUCCGCACCAUCAACCCCGAGGAGGUCCCCAGUCUAGAGCUUGUUGCUCUUGCCGGAGAGGCUGUUGGCAGAGAUAUUCUUGAUGUUUGGUUUGGAAAAGUCAGGCUACUUAAUGGAUGGGGUCCAGCGGAGACGUGCCUUGUUAGUACACUCCAUGAAUGGACAGACAAUGAUGAGUCACCACUCACGAUCGGGCGUCCUAUCGGUAGUUUCUGCUGGAUAGUCGAUCCGGAGAACCCAUCCCAACUGGCCCCUAUUGGAACCGUUGGAGAGGUUGUUAUACAAGGCCCGACGUUGCUGCGCGAGUAUCUUAGGGACCAAGAGAAAACAGAUGCAAGCAUGGUGCAACCGCUUCCUUCGUGGGCGCCUCGACGAACUAUCACCGGGUGGAAUCGUGCCUAUAAAUCGGGAGAUCUAUGCUCUUAUAAUUCUGAUGGAACGUUGGAGUUCGUUAGUAGAAAGGAUACUCAGAUCAAGAUCAGAGGUCUCAGAGUGGAACUUGGAGAAGUCGAGAGUCAAAUUAGACAAGGUCUUCAUGACCUUCGUCAUGUCGUGGUUGACAGCGUCGAAAUAGCAACUCGCACAAAUCUAGUGGCGUAUCUGUCAUUCACUGAUCAGGUUAUGUCUCGUUCCUUUGAAGCACAGGAUAUUUUUGAGUGCUCCUCUGAAGAGAAUCAGGCUCAGAUCAUCGAGUUGGUAGGGAGGCUGAGCGCCAAGCUACCACGGUAUAUGAUACCGACCUAUUUUAUAUACUGCCGAUUUAUGCCAUCAAUCACGUCGACGAAAUUGGAUCGGAAAAAGUUGAAGGAGAUCACAAUGGCACUUGAUACAACUGAAUUGGCUAAAUAUUCACGCGUCGAAACUAAAAAGCGUCAACCGGAAACCCGAAUGGAGAGACAGCUUCAAGAGCUCUGGGCCGACAUCCUAAAACUUCCACUUGAUACAAUCGGACGAGACGAUAAUUUCUUACAAAUAGGAGGUGAUUCUAUAGCGGCUAUCUCAUUGGUUACCUUGGCACGCAACUCUGGAAUAUCAUUGACAAUCAAGGACAUCUUUGACAACCCGACUCUCCUUGCUGUGGCUGAGAAAGCGGUUGAGUGUCUGGACAUGCCAUCUGAAGAGCAGCCGCUUUCGCCCUUUGAUCUGAUCGAACCUCAUAUCCGGGAGAGAAUCAAUAGCCCAGAAAUGAGACAGAAAUGGCAGCUCUCUCAGACCCAAUUAAUAGAGGAUGCUUUCCCUUGUUCCUCCAUGCAAGAAGGUCUAAUGUCCCUAACAGAAAAACAGCCUGGUUCCUACAUCGCCAAAUACGUGUUCCGAAUCCACGACCAUGUUGGUCUGGCCCGUUUUAAACACUGUUGGAAUACAACAGCACAGAUGUGCACCAAUAUGCGGUCUAGAAUCGUAUUCGUUCAUCGGAAAUCAUAUCAAUUAGUUGUCAAGGAAGAGAUGGAAUGGGAACAUGUCACCGCAGCCAAUCCAGCCGCAUAUAUGAACCAGCCCACCACUAGCAUCAUGGGAUAUGGAACUCGUCUUUCUUUGAACACUGUUGUGUCUUGUGCAGAUGGCAAAGAUUAUAUAGUUUGGACGACACAUCACGCAAUGUAUGAUGGCUGGGCCUUGAAGAUAAUUUUUGCUACCCUUCACCAGGUGUUUCAGGAGGAGACAUUGACAGCCCUGCGCCCGUAUUCAAACUUCAUCAAGUAUUCAAUGGAUGUGGACAUGAAAAAGGCUGGAGAGUACUGGAAAAAGGCGCUUGUUGGAGCAAGGAAGGCAUUUUUUCCUCCUCCCGUGGACGAAUGCUACCCCACGGGUGUAGACCAUCUCCCACGAACACACAAUCAACAUGUCAAUUUGAAGCGCUCUAGACAUAGCUCAGUUACUAAAGCAUCUGUAAUGAGAGCUGCUUGGGCUGUAGUGCUUGCACGUUAUUGCGAAAGCCACGAUGUCGUGUUCGGGGCUACUGUGUCUGGCCGUCAAGCCCCUAUUCUAGGAGUAGAGAGCAUGCCUGGUCCAUUGAUAGCCACAGUACCAGUAAGAGUUAUGCUUGAUCAAAACCAAUCUGUGGGAGCCUAUCUUCGAGCGAUUCAAAGUCAAGCUCUGGAAAUGGUGCCAUACGAGCAGAUCGGGUUACGAAGCAUCUCGCUUUUGCAUCCCGAUGCCAGAACUGCGGCAGACUUCAGUAGUCUGUUGGUGGUACAGCCAACAGCCAAAGCUAGCGACCUUGAAACAGGGGGCCAUUCUGUUCUCUUGGCCGGAGAGACAGAGAGAACACUGACGCAGGAUGCGAUGGGCAAUUACUUCAAUUAUCCUCUUGUUCUUGUUAGUAACAUGUUCGAGGAUAGCGCCGAUCAAGUCUUUUACUACGAUGCUCGAGUCAUCUCUGCUGCGCGGAUUAUUGCUAUCUCGCAUCACUUCGAACAUGUAGUCCAGCAAUUAUUACACCUGGAUGAAGAACCAUUGAGCAGCAUCUCACUUGUUGGAGAGUGGGAUAAACAACAUGCCAUCGAGUCACAGAGGCUUGCUGAGCCAACAAAGACAUGUACACACUGGCUUAUCCAGGAACAUAUCAAAGCCCGGCCAUUGGACCCUGCUAUCGUUUCCUGGGAUCGUAAUCUUACCUAUCACGAAUUAGGAAUAUUUGCCUCUCGUCUGGCUGUGAAGUUACAAGAACUUGGCGUGGUACCCGAAGUCCUUGUCCCUAUUUGCUUUCCCAAGUCCACUUGGGCUGUGGUUGCGAUGGUCGCUGUCCAAAUGGCUGGAGGUGCUUUUGUUCCCCUGGACUCGGCAGCUCCAUCCGAUCGUCUUAGGUCCAUCAUUGAAGACUCAAAAGCCGGAUUGGUUCUUUGCUUCGUGAGUGAGGAGGAAUUGCUUGAGCUUUCCGACCCACCACACCCAGUGGCCUCCUCCGUUAGCUAUAAGAAUGCUAGUUUUGUUAUCUUCACCUCAGGUUCUACAGGUCGGCCAAAGGGCAUGCUAAUACAGCAUGACCAAGUGUGCACAUCUUUCGACGCCUAUGGAGUUGAGCUUGGACUGGGGCCUGGCACUCGCGUUUUCCAGUUCUGUGCCUUUACAUUUGAUUUAGGCAUCUUCGAUGUGUUGGGCACUCUGAGCAAAGGUGCCUGCAUAUGUAUGCCAUCCGACUGCCAGCGCCUCAACGACCUCGCUGCGACAAUCAGGUCUACGGAGGCCAAUUGGUUGUUUUGCACGCCUACGGUAGCAAAUCUUUUGCAUCCGUCUGAAGUCCCAACUUUAACAACAAUCGGUCUGGGAGGCGAGGCUAUCACGAAGCAAGUAUCGGAUCGUUGGAAGGAUCACGUGCAACUGAAUGGCUUGUACGGCCCAGCCGAGGCAUCAUCUUGCGCCAGAAACCCUGAUGUAGGAAGAGACGAUCGACCAACAAACAUCGGUAUGCCAAUGUCGAGUGCAUUUUGGGUUGUUGAACCUAAAGAUGUGAAGCAGCUGGUGCCUGUGGGAUGUAUCGGCGAGCUUCUUAUCCAGGGACCUAUGCUCGCCCGAGGGUAUAUUAACGUCACUCUUGAGCAGAAUGCAGCCUGGAUGGAGGACGUAGACUGGCUUCCGGGAGAUAUUUCCCGACGGAGAGCGUAUAGAACAGGAGAUUUGGUACGCCGAAACGCAGAUGGGACAUACGAGUACAUCGGCCGAAUGGACUCACAGGUCAAGAUUCAUGGGCAGAGAGUUGAACUGGGUGAAAUUGAAACAAGGAUCUACCAACACUUACCAAACAACAUAAGUGCGAUGGUUGAAGUCAUCAGGUCAGAUAAGAGUACAUCGACUGAUACCUUACUCGCUUUCAUGUGGUAUAACGAUCCGACGGACGCGAGGUCUCAUGGCGCUGUCAAGCUGCUAGAGUCCAUUUCCUCAGACACCAGGCUGCUGAUCUCAUCAAUAAACAGCUCCCUUGAAGCAGUACUUCCGUUGUGCAUGAUUCCCUCAACCUAUCUUAUCUUUCAAGGACAGCCAGAGAUGUCAAUCUCUGGCAAAGUAAAUCGCAAAGCUCUCGUUGCCCACGCCACUGCGUUGACUACACAGGAUCGUCUUCGAUUUGCCCCCGAGACGACAAAGCAAGAACCUCCGAACACUGCUAUGGAAUUCAAGCUGAGAAGUUUAUGGGCUCGAGUUCUAGACAUAACCCCCAAGGACAUCGGCAAGUACGACAGCUUUUUGAGAGUCGGCGGUGACUCAGUGACGGCUAUUCAACUAGUUUCUAUCGCUCGAUCGCAAAGCAUAAAUCUGCAAGUUAGCGCCAUCUUCCACGACCCGAGACUAUGUGCCAUGGCAGAAGCUGCUACAGAAACUGACUUUGAUCCUGAUACCGAGAUUCUUCCAUUCAGCAUGCUGGAAGGCCUCUCACCGGAUACAGCAGAUAUGGUAACAGAGAUUCGAAGAAAGUGCAACCUGCACGAUGAUGCUGUGAUUGAGGAUGCUUUCCCUUGCACAAGGCUUCAAGAAGGCCUCUUGUCCUUAACAUUUAAACAUCCUGGCUCUUACAUCGUCAACAAAGUCUACAGAUUACCGGAAAGUACCGAUGUUACCAAGUUCAAGACUGCUUGGGAGACAACUGUGGACUUGUGUGGUAUCUUGCGAACAAGGAUUGUUAUGUUCAAAGAAUCUGCCAUCCAGGCUGUCUUCAAGAAUCUCGACUGCUUGAACGUCACGCAAGACAUGGACUUAGAACAAUACCUCUCUAAUAUCGAGCUUGAGAAUAGAGACUUGGGAUACGGAACACCUCUCUCAAGGGCAGCCCUCGUCCAAGACGUUCGGGGUACGAAUUAUUUUGUAUGGACCGUGCACCAUUCCGUUUUUGAUGGCUGGACCACGCAAAUUAUCAUGAAUACUCUCUCUCAAGCUUAUAUGGAAAUGCCACUCCCGAAAUUGCAGCCUUAUUCCCGAUUUAUCAAAUAUGUCACAGACCUCGACGCAACUGAAGCUAGUAGCUACUGGACCCAGGAGUUGUUCCAAGCAAAGCGAGCAUCCUUCCCAGUACCUACCGCUCUGAUUGGUGAGCCUGCUUAUCAAGACGAGAGCAAGGUAUUCCAGUACAAGAUGGCAUUUCCUGGCUCAACAGGUACAUCGAUCACCAAAGCGACAAUUCUGCGUGCAGCAUGGGCUAUUCUACUCUCUAAAUAUUGCGAUAAUAAUGAGAUCUGUUUCGGAACAACGGUUUCAGGUCGCCAUGCACCUGUAAGCGGAUUAGAGAGCACACCUGGCCCUAUGCUUGCUACAGUCCCCGUUCGAGUACGAUUGGAGCCAGGGAAGACAGUUUCUGAAUUGUUGGAUGACAUGCAAACACAAGCAUCUGAGAUGGUGCCAUACGAGCAAUUCGGAAUUCAGAAUAUUUCUAAGCUUGGGCCUGAUGCCAAGGAAGCCUGUGACUUUUCCAGUCUCAUCGUUGUUCAGCCAAGCCGUCGCAUUACUGCGAGUGGGGAUGAAUCACUGCUGGCUUCACGAGAUGAUGACGCAGCUACGACAGAGAAGCAGCUUCAGAACUACUUCAGCUAUCCGCUUGUGUCAGAGUGCUUUGUGAACGAUGACCAUGUUCAACUGAUCUACGUCUAUAAAACCAAUUACUUGACUGAAACGCAGAUGGUAGCACUGGCACAUCAUUACGAGCGCAUUAUUCAGCAGCUUCUUUCCCAAGAUCAUACCAAAGUCGGUGAUUUGGACAUUGCAGGAGAAUGGGAUCUGAAGAAAGCCAUGGAACAUAAUUCUGUGGAGAGUAAUACUAUAAAUGUUGUCGAUUCCUGUCUGCACCAUCUUUUCGAGGCGCAGGUGAAACGUCAACCUCACAAGGUCGCCUUACGCGCGUGGGAUGGUGACUUUACUUAUCGCCAGCUUGACGAAGCUGCUAACCGGCUGGCCAAUUACCUGUUUGCUGAGUUGAAGAUACAGGUAGAAGACUUUGUCCUUGUUUGUUUUGAAAAGUCAGCAUGGUACCUCGUGGCAAUACUGGCAAUCAAUAAAGCAGGAGGCGCGUGGGUGCCUCUUGAUCCAUCACAGCCCAUCACCAGACAUCAGUCAGCCGCUACACAGACCCAAGCUAGGAUAGCUCUGGCAUCUACUCGCUGUUUGGAACACUGCAGGACGCUCGUGGAUACGGUGGUUGAGGUAUCUGAGUCAAGAGACCUGCCGUUCCGGAAUGAUCGUUUCGGUGGGACCAAUGCUCCCCGCUGCGAUGUCCAGCCUCACCAUGCUGCCUUUGUUCUUUUCACCUCUGGUAGCACCGGCACACCAAAAGGCAUUGUGAAUGAACAUAGAGCGGUUUGCACUAGUGAGGUGGAAACCAUAAGGAAAUUCGGCCUUCACUUAGAACUUGUGGUGCUUCAGUUUGCAUCUUUUGUUUUCGAUCUACACAUCACGGAAUCUCUCACCUCUUUCCUAGCAGGAGCAUCGGUGUGUAUGCCGUCGGAGGAGACUCGGCUGAACAGCUUGCCUAGUUAUAUAAAUGAAAUGGGGGUUACGUGGGCUUACAUGACGCCGUCACUGGCCAGGACAAUUCGACCGGAGGAUGUUCCAGGCCUCAGAACCUUAUCGUUCGGUGGCGAAGCUGUCAGCCCAGAUGUAUUCAAUCAAUGGUUUGGCAAGGUUCAGCUGUUCAAUGGCUGGGGCCCUGCAGAGGCCAUCGUGCACAGCACAAUCCACGAAUGGAAGUCGUGCUACGAGUCCUCAAUGACUAUUGGAUAUCCUGUUGGCUGCUAUGCUUGGAUUGUUGAUCCAAAUAACACAAACAAGCUCUCUCCAAUCGGUUGUCUGGGCGAGAUUGUCCUUCAAGGACCAACCCUCCUUCGAGAGUAUCUGGCGGACCCUGAUAAAACUAGAUCCCUGCUUCUCACCGAUCUUCCAACAUGGGCCCCGAGAUCUGAUCAGCCCGGAUGGUCAAGAUUCUAUAAGACUGGAGACUUGGGAUUUUAUAACCCAGACGGAUCGAUUAAAUUCUCCUCAAGAAAAGACACGCAAGUCAAGAUUCGAGGCCAGCGUAUCGAACUUGGUGAGAUUGAAAACAGCAUUUUGAACAGCUUGGAAGGAAUCCGGCAGGUUGUUGUAGACAUUCUUCAGACCGAGAGAAACAAGAGCUUGGUAGCAUUCUUUUGUUUCAAUGGCGACUCUCGAGUCCCACAUGACAAAGAAGAUCAGUCUAUUUUCCUCAACCAUACUGAAGAUACCCAUGCUCGUCUUCUCGCCAUGAGGGGCAAAAUCGUGACGUCUUUAACAAAAUACAUGAUUCCUACGUUUUAUAUCAUGUGUAGUUAUAUGCCACUGGUAACCUCUGGCAAAAUGGAUCGCAAAACUCUCAAGGCGCUGGCUGCAAGUCUUUCUCAGGAGGAACUAGCCACCUACACCCUUGUAGAUGCCGAUAAGCGGGUACCAGAAACUGAAAUGGAAAAGAAACUACAACUGAUAUGGGCGGAAAUCCUGAAUAUACCGAUGGACAGUAUUGGUCGCGAUGAUAGCUUCCUGCAAAUCGGCGGUGAUUCUAUCGCCGCUAUCACUCUUGUAGGGGCCGCCAGUGAAGAGGGCAUCGAAUUCACCGUAAAAGACGUUUUUAGCGAUCCACGUUUGUCUGCAAUUGCCUCAAAAGCGGUCGAAUUACCCAAUGCCGGGGAUGGCGUCCCUGAAGAGGACUAUCAGCCCUUUAGCCUUCUUGGCCCAACCCUCCGUGACCUGAUGACAAUGGAAAAGAAUGUCACUCCGGAAAAACUCGAACUAGAGCCUGGGCAGAUAAUUGAAGAUGCCUAUCCCUGUACUGGCUUCCAAGAAGGGCUAAUGGCUCUCUCGGUCAAACAGCCUGGCUCCUACAUAACGCGCCAUAUAUAUCGACUUGGAGAGAAUGUAGACGUCAACCGCUUCCGUGCUGCAUGGGAGCAAACAGUUCAAGCAUGCACCAGCUUGCGCACUAAGAUAUUCAAGCUUUCAGGAGUUGCCAUACAAGCUGUUAUUGGAGGGCCCGUAAGAUGGGAAUCUGAAUAUGUUGGCAUGAACCUCAAGUCGACCCUGGAAGGACUACGCACUACAGAGAUGACAUUUGGUUCAGAAUUGAACAUCUUCGCAUUAGCUCAGGAUCCUGUUGAAGGAUGGCAUUUCGUCUGGCUAGCUCAUCACGCAGCUCAUGAUGGCUGGACGGCUCGAAUUGUCAUGGCCACUUUACAUCAAGCCUACCAAGGCUUUGAGCCACCGCCAAUCCCUCACUAUGCGAGGUUGAUCAAGUUCGUAUUGGACCUUGAUCCAGAGAGCGCCGCUGAAUACUGGGGAAAGCAACUUCAAGGGGCUCACCGAGCCGUGUUUCCACCGCAACCAUUAACAAAGACACUGUCCGGCAGUACCAAAACCAUGGCCAGGUCUAUUGAUAUUUGCACCACUUCCAAGAGCCCAAUAACAAUGGCUACGAUCCUCCAUGCAACCUGGGCCUUUGUGCUCGCAAGAUACUGUGACAUAGACGAUGUCUGCUUUGGUGUCUCAACAUCGGGAAGGCAGGCACCUGUCAGUGGAUUACCGCAUAUGACUGGUCCGGUUGUUACAACAGUUCCGUUGAGGGUCCGCAUUGAUCCCGAACAAUCUGUACUGGAUUUCUUGCACACUGUUCAAGACAUUGCUACUGAAAUGGGCACAUAUGAGCAGUUCGGGCUCCAAAACAUACAAAAGUUGAGCCAGGAUGCCAAGGAAGCUUGCAAUUUCAAUAGCUUGUUGGUAGUCCAACCAGUUAAGCACUUGGUUGGAGGGGUGAUGGACUCUGAUGGGCUGAUCUCCCCUGUGGAGGCCCAAGAUGAGCAAGACUUACAAAACUUCUUCAAUUAUCCCCUCGUCAUUCAAGGACACAUGUUUGAUGACCAUACAGACUUAUACCUUGUCUAUAAUACAGACUGUGUGUCCAGGUCUAAAAUGGAAGCACUGGCUAUCCACUUCGAGGAGGUUGCUAAACAACUUUCAAAACUUGGCGAGACUCCUCUAGGCGAUAUUUCUCUAGCAGGAGACUGGGAUCUAAAACAAUCUCUGUCUUUCAACCGGGAUGAACCAGUGAUAGUCGAGACCUGUGUUCAUGAUUUGAUUGAAACCAAGGUCCAGGAUCUUGGCGAGAGGCAAGCAAUUGAUGCAUGGGACGGUUCCUUCACCUACAGUCAGCUCCAAGAUUCAGUUGAUAUGCUCUAUAUGCACCUUGUCAACGAUUUGAAUGUGAAGGAGGGCGAUCUAGUCUUGGCGUGCUUUGAGAAAUCGGCUUCGUAUAUCGUGUCUAUUCUUGCUAUAAAUAAGGCAGGAGCAGCAUGGGUUCCAAUUGAUUCCUCUCAUCCUGUCCAGCGACUCAAAAAUAUCGCCGCGCAAACAAGAGCAAGGCUCGCUCUCACAUCGCCAGCUAAUGAAAAGCUGUGCGCCAGCCUGGUAGACAACGUGCUCUCGGUAACUUCAGAACUCAAUGAAACACUCUCUCAGCAUUCAAAGCAUAAGUUGCGUGCGUCUACCGUCUCAGCUCGGUCUGCUGCAUAUGUUCUUUUCACCUCUGGCAGCACGGGUGUGCCAAAAGGUGUUAUGAUUGAACAUGUCUCGCUUUGUACGAAUCUUCUUGCAAUGGCUGAAAGAUUGAAAAUCACACCUGAUGUGAGGAUGUUGCAGUUCUCAUCCUUCGCGUUUGAUUUCAGUGUGGUGGAGAUAUUUGUAUCCCUAGUUUCGGGUGCUUGUGUCUGUGUCCCUUCCGCCCAUGAUCGGAUGAACAAUCUCAAAAGAUUCGUUGCUGAAAAGAAAAUUACCUGGAUGUGUCAGACUCCCGCUGUUGCAAGGACUUUGAAGCCAGAUGAUUUUCCAAGUUUGAAGCUGCUGCUACUUGGUGGUGAGGCAGUUAGCCAGGAGAUUGUCGCUUCAUGGACUGGAAAGGUUCGCCUGUUGAAUGCAUGGGGGCCUACCGAGACUACCGUUAUGGGCUCGAUGCAUGAGUAUAGGUCUGCUGAGGAGCAAUCAUCUAUUAUAGGAGCCCCUAUCGGUGGAUUCUGUUGGGUAGUUGACCCGAAUGAUCACAAUAAGCUUGCACCUACAGGGUGUUUGGGCGAGGUAAUGAUCCAGGGGCCAACUUUACUUCGAGAGUAUCUUUUUGAUAGUGCCAAGACUGCAGCUGCAACAGUGUCACAACUUCCAUUAUGGGCGCCUAAGAAGUCUUCCCCUUAUUAUGGGCGCUUUUUCAAAACCGGAGACUUGUGCUUCUAUAAUGAAAACGGGGAAUUGGUAUACUCAGGUCGCAAGGAUCAACAAAUCAAAAUUCGUGGUCUUCGAGUUGAGCUUGGAGAAAUCGAGUCACACAUUCGCCAAGGCUUAGAUAAGGCCGAGGAGGUUGUUGUAGAUCUUCUUAAGACUGAGCAUGGGCCAAGCCUGGCAGCGUUCUAUCAUUACAAGCACGAUUCCACAACGGAAGACGGCGCCGUUGACGGUGGCAAAUUUAUUCUUCCUCUUUGCUCAGACUUAGAAAGCGACAUUAUCGCUUUAACUGGGCACUUGAAAGUCUCCUUGCCCCCGUAUAUGGUUCCGAAAUACUUCUUUCCUUGCAAGUAUAUUCCAUUGAUUACCUCGACUAAGCUGGACAGGAAAAAGCUAGUCAACGAAGCCUUGGCUUUAGAUCGAGGCGAUCUUGCUAGUUACGCACUAACAGCAACUAUUAAACGCUCGCCUGAGACCGAUGCGGAGCUCGAAUUGCAAAGAGUUUGGUCUCAAGUCUUGGGGAUUUCGCCCCAGUCCAUUGGUAGGGAUGAUAGCUUUCUGCAGAUUGGUGGCGACUCGAUUCUAGCGAUUCAAGCUGUUGAGAUGGCCCGUCAGGCCGGGCUUGAUAUUACUGUCCAAGCUAUAUUUGAUGACCCUCGCCUUUCGAGUGUCGCUUCUAGGGCUGUUGCAACGAUCAAGAAAUCUAGCAAAAUUCAGCCCUUUAGCCUCCUAGAGGAUGGACAGAGACGAACGGUUUUGGAGGCCAUAUCAAGCCAGAUCCCCUCUGACUCUGUUGUCGAGGAUGCUUUCCCUUGUACCGGGCUCCAAGAAGGGCUUAUGGCACUAAGCGCCAAACAGCCCGGCUCGUACAUUGCCAAGCAUGUGUACAAGCUAUCGAACCAUGUGGAUAUCAAUCGCUUCAGAAUAGCUUGGGAGAAGACAACAGCUCUUUGUGACAACCUUCGGACGCGAAUCUUUUCCAUCGAUGGACUCAUAAUCCAAGCCACUAUCCAGGACGAUGGGUGCUGGGAGUCCUUGAAUGUAUCCGACAUCCAGGCAUACCUUAAGUCUAUGAGAGACAGAAAAAUGACAUAUGGAACGCGUCUUUGCAACUAUGCCCUGGUUGAUGGGCCUGGAGACUCAACAUAUUUUGCACUCGAUAUCCACCACGCGAUUUUCGACGGCUGGUCAAACGGCCUAAUUCUUACUACUCUGCAGGUGCAGUACUCUGAUACAGUUAUGCCUUCAAUCCAGCCGUUUUCGUCGUUCAUCAACUAUAUCAUGAACAUUGAUACAGACGAGGCUAGCGAGUACUGGAGCAAGGAGUUGUCAGGGGCUCAAAUUUCGACUUUCCCCGCACCAAGAGGCGGCAUGACUGGCCUCACACGAAUUGUCCAGAAGACAAUCAACCUACCAACACUAGCAAACAAGUCUAUCACCCAAGCUUCAAUCCUUCGAGCCGCCUGGGCUCUUGUGCUUGGGCGGUACUCUGACUCACACGACGUGUGCUUUGGAGUUACCUCAUCUGGAAGACAAGCCCCGGUUCCUGGGAUUCAAAAUGUGCCGGGCUUGGUGAUUGCUACGGUUCCGGUUCGUGUCCAAAUCAACGAGAAACAGACAAUUCAUCAAUUUUUGAAGACUGUCCAGGACCAGGCGAUGGCAAUGGUACCAUAUGAGCAAUAUGGGCUGCAAAACAUCUCAAAACUAAGCCCUGAUGCGAAGCAAGCCUGCAACUUCAGCAGUCUUUUGACUGUCCAGCCUGCCCGGCAUAUGGGUCUGAAUGGGAGCGAUGGCGACUCGGUUUUUACGUCGGCUGGCCUCGAAGAUCUUCAAUUCCACGACGUGCUUCAGAACUACUUUAGCUAUCCUCUCGUGGUGCAAUAUCAUAUCCUGGAAGACUCAAUAAACCUGAAUCUCAUUUACAACACAGGAGCGCUCUCAGAGGAUCAGCUAGUAGCCUUGUCUCACCAUCUUGGUCACGUAGUGAGCCAACUUGCACCGCAAAGCGAUCAGCCACUUUCUACAAUUUCUAUUAGUAGCGAAUGGGAUCUGAACAAGGCGACGAGCUGGAACUCUCAAACCCCCACUUAUCUUCAUGAGGUUUGUGUCCAUGAUCUUUUCUCGCAACAUGCUCGACACAUGCCCCAUCAUGAGGCAAUUUUCACUUUGAGCGAAACCAUGACCUAUGAAACACUCGAUCGCUUGUCUACCAGUAUUGCUAGCCACUUGGGUCAUCUUGGCGUCAAGCCGGAAACUGUUGUCCCCUUCUGUUUAGAGAAGUCGAUGUGGACAAUAGUCGCAAUGCUUGGUAUCCUCAAGGCUGGAGGUAUUUUUGUUCCACUUGACCCUUCGCAUCCUACUGCUCGCCGGCAGGCUCUGAUGGAAGAAACAAUGGCGCAGUUUGUGGUAGUUUCCGCAAAUACCGCCCAUCUAUGCUCCGGCAUGGCCCCAAAUAUCAUUCUGGUGCCUGAUUGGAAGCCAAAAGGUGUAAUUAUGGAUCAUGCUGCCCUAUCAUCUAGUACCCUUGGGCAUGGCAAAUACUUUGGCAUGGGGCAACAUUCUAGAGUCUUUCAAUUCUCUAAUUACGUAUUCGACGGCAGUGUGGGAGAGAUCCUUACAACCUUAGCUUUUGGAGGCACAGUAUGCGUACCUUCAGAAGCCGAACGCCUGCAGUAUGCCGCCGAUUUCAUGGUGCGGUCCCGAGCGAACACAGCGAUGUUGACGCCUUCAUUUGUCAGAACACUCAAACCUGAACAAGUGCCAUUCCUUAAAACUCUUGUGUUAGGCGGAGAACCUGCUUCGAAAGACCUAGUUGAUACAUGGCAAGGGCAUGUAAAUUUGAUCAACGGAUAUGGCCCCGCGGAAGCUUGCAACUAUGCAACCACGCAUACUUUCAAUUCAAAAGAUGAGAGCUCGCGCAAUAUUGGCCGUCCGUUCAAUGGCAAUUGCUGGAUCGUUGAAACAGAUGAUUCCAAUAAAUUGACCCCUCUUGGAUGCACCGGAGAACUCAUAAUUGAAAGUCAUUCCCUUGCUCGCGGUUACUUGAACGAAGAUGAAAAGACCAAGAUCUCCUUCCGCGACUGUAUUGAUUUCUUGCCUCCUCACCACGCCGAGGAAGCCCGUCGUUUCUAUCUGACUGGCGAUCUUGUGAGAUAUACACCAGAUGGAGACAUGGAAUACGUCGGGAGGAAAGACACACAGGCGAAGCUACGCGGCCAGAGGCUGGAGCUCGGGGAGAUAGAAUACCAAAUCAAACGGGCGCUUCCAGCCAUAGAACACGUGGCUGCUGAUGUUAUACGGCGAGACUCUGGCGAUGAGCUUGUCGCUUUCGUUUCAUUCGUGGGGAUGGACGAAUCCAAACAAUUUGCGUCAAGAUUACCAAACUUGAUCGCAUUCGACGAUGGUUUACGAGGUUCGCUCUUAGAGGUUAUAGGCUCUCUUGAGGCAGCCUUGCCCGCUUACAUGGUACCCAGAACGAUACUGCCACUUCGGCAUAUGCCUUUCAUCACAUCGAUGAAGAUAGACCGGGAUAACCUAAAAUCUCUUGCAAAGUCAUUAUCUAAAGAAGAGCUGUCGGGGUACGCUCUCCAUCGAACUGCUUAUGAAGAACCUUCGACUCCAAUAGAGAUCAGGUUGCGUGAUGUCUGGUCACAAGUGUUGCAUAUACAACCUGCGCAAAUCAGCAAGAAUGAUUCUUUCCUAGCCAUUGGAGGUGACUCAAUCUCUGCUAUCCACAUGGUCUCCCUAGCACAUCAAAAAGGUAUGAAGAUCGAAGUAUCCUCUGUGUUCGAGGACUCGAGAUUAUCCCACAUGGCACAGUCCGCAAUAUUGACAGAGGACAUGGCCGAAACCUUUUCUGUUCAGCCUUUCAGCCUUAUCCCGACUGCUGAAAUGGAUAGUAUUCUUUCUGAAGUUAUGAACCAAUGCAAGCUCUCCGAAGAGAGCAUGAUUGAGGAUAUUUUCCCCUGUACACCACUGCAGGAAGGUCUAAUGGCCUUGGCUAUAAAGCAGCCUGGAUCUUAUAUUGCCAAGCAUGUUUACAAACUGUCGCAUCACGUUAAUAUUGAUCGUUUCAAAGCUGCAUGGGAACAAACGGCCCAGAUCUGCGGCAAUCUGCGCACAAGGAUCGUGAGUAUUGGCGGCUCACACUUCCAAGCAGUGCUGAACAAUGGCAUUGACUGGGCGGCUUCCGAUAACAUUUCUGUCAAUUCAUUCCUCAACUCUCUCCAGUCUAACGCUGUAUGUUACGGUGAUAGACUAUCUCAUUGCGCUAUUAUUUUAGAGAAUGGGCAUUAUUAUUUCGCAUGGACUAUCCAUCAUUCAAUCUUCGACGGUUGGUCAACUCGCACGGUUUUGAAGACUCUGUAUGAGAGCUACUUCGAGAUAAAUGCUUCGCCCCUCCAGCCAUAUUCUAGCUUCAUCAAUUAUAUGAUGAAACUUGACAAGGAUGCCGCUAAAGAAUUCUGGAAGAAGGAGCUUCUUAAUGUCAAACGGGCAACAUUCCCUUCGCCACUCCCAACAACCGAAUCUACUAGCAGCCAGGUGCACACCUUGACCCGGCCAAUAUCCUUCGCAGAGACCCGGAAUACCUCUAUUACCACCGCAACUGUACUCCGCGCGACGUGGGCACUGGUUCUAGCACGCUAUUGUGAUACUGAUGACGUGUGCUUCGGUACAACAAUAUCAGGUCGUCAGGCCCCUGUCCCAGGCUUGGUAGAUAUGCCCGGGCCAGUGGUUGCCACUGUCCCUGUUCGUGUACAAAUUAACUCGGCGCGUCUUGUGUCUGAUUAUCUUCAGGAUGUUCAGAAUCAAGCUGGUAGGAUGAUUCCAUAUGAGCAAUACGGCCUCCAGAAUAUUGCGAAACUCACUCCUGAUACAAAGGAGGCCUGUGAGUUUUCCAGCUUGCUCCUCGUUCAGCCCAUGAAUCAUAUUACUUCACAAAAUGCGUCUGGAGAGGAGCAAAUAUUCGUCGCAACUGGAGAUGAUGACGCCCAGGUGACAGAAGAGAUACAAAACUACUUCACUUAUCCACUUAUCAUUCAAGGACAGGUCCGUGACCAAGGGGUCGACCUUGUUUUGAUUUAUAAUUCUGCUGUUCUUUCCGAGGAUAAAGUCACCGCACUGAGCCAUCAUUUUGACCAUGUGGUUCAGCAAUUGACUGGAGAUCCGCAGAUGGCAUUAUCGGAAGUCUCCGUAUCUGGAGAAUGGGAUUUGCAGAAGGCCAUUGAUUGGAAUCUUGACGCUCCGGAAUACGCAAAUAUCUGUGUCCACCAACUCAUCGAAAAGCAAGCUGAACGUAAUCCUGAUGCAACAGCACUUGAUGGAUGGGAUGGUACAUUCACUUACAAGGAGCUUAAUGAUGCCGCUAAUAGAUUGGCUCACCACUUGCUCUCUAACCUGGGUGUUAAAGCUGAAGACAUGGUGCUAGUAUGCUUUGAUAAAUCAAUCUGGUUCAUUGUCACCAUUUUAGCAAUCAACAAGGCUGGCGCUGCCUGGGUGCCAAUAGAUCCAUCUCAUCCUGUCCAACGUCAGCGCCAGAUCGUCAAGCAGACACGAUCGAGGGUUGCCUUGGCGGCACCACAAAUGGUCUCGAGAUGCUCCGAGCUUGUCUCCAAUGUAGUGGAGGUGACUGCCACUUUUGACUCUCUUCUGGCUAGAAACGGCUCAACCAGCUCCUCUGAGCCAACAGUAGCCGUAGCUCCAAGCAAUGCAACGUAUGUCCUCUUCACCUCCGGAACCACUGGCCUACCCAAAGGUUUAGUAAUGGAGCAUGGGGCGUUGACCACAUGCAUUCUUUCUCUCUCGAGCACCUUAGGGGUCCACCAAAAUGUCAAAAUGCUGCACUUUUCUGCUCACGUAUUUGACAUUGGCAUUGGAGAGAUAUUCAUGCCAUUAUUUUCUGGCGCUACUCUCUGUAUCCCGUCUGAGCAUGAUAGGAUGAACAACUUAUCGGAUUUCAUUUGCGACAAGGGGGUCAACUGGCUUUUCCUCACUCCGUCAUUUACACGAACCUUGCGACCAGAGAAAGUUCCAAGUAUCGAACUAAUCCUCACUGCGGGAGAACCCUUCGGUAAAGAUCUGCUGGACAUGUGGUUUGGCAAGGUUCGACUUGUCAACUCAUGGGGUCCAGCAGAAACUUGCAUUAUCAAUACAACUAACGAGUUCAAGUCGCAACAUGAUUCUGCCUUGAAUUUUGGUCGGCCUUUUAACUCAAGGUGUUGGAUCGUAGAUACCGACAAUCCCCACCGUCUUGCCCCAAUAGGCUGUGUUGGCGAGAUUGUCCUUCAAGGUCCCAUUAUCUUGAGAGAAUAUCUUGCAGAUAUUGAAAAGACACAAGCGGCCAUGAUAACCGACCUGCCUAACUGGGUUCCUCAUCGGAACGAUGUUCACUGGAAUAGGUUUUUCAAAUCAGGUGACUUGGGCUUCUACCACCCUGAUGGAACCAUUGAAUUUGUGGCGAGGAAGGAUACUCAGGUGAAGAUUCGCGGUCUCCGAGUCGAAUUAGAUGAGGUGACUCAUCAUAUUCGUCAAUCUCUUGAAGGUGUUGAGAAGAUCAUCGUCGAUGUGCUCAAGACUAGUAGUGGCGUUAACCUCGCUGCUUACUUGUGCUUCUCCAAUGACACUCGACUCCCGCAAGAGGUGUUGGGAGAUGACGACGACCUCCUCCUUCCACACACACAAGAACUUCAACAGCGCUUGACAGAGAUGAUCAGCAGGCUCACAACCCUACUGCCUCAAUAUAUGAUCCCAACUUUCUUCUUUCCCUGCAAGUACAUACCACUCACUGGUUCAUCGAAGCAAGAUACCAAGCGACUUCGUAAUGCGACGGCCGCACUCAACCCAGAGGAACUUUCCCGCUUCUCUCCUUCUGCAGGUGAGAAGCGAGCACCGAAGACGCCUAUGGAGAACCAGAUUCAACACCUUUGGGCCGACCUUAUCAAUAUUCCAGUUACCUCGAUAGGCCGUGACGACACCUUCCUGGCCGUUGGAGGUGACUCCCUCUUGGCCAUCCGGUUCGUCUCUCAACUGCGCGAACUGGGUCUAAUCUUGACCGUCAAGGAUGUAUUUGAUGAUCCUCGUUUGUCAUCUGUUGCUAGCAAGAUUAGGCAGAGUGAAGAAGGUGAUAAAGUCCAGGAAACCAUUGCCCCUUUCCAGUUAUUGGGCGAUGGUCAGCUGGAGGCCGCCCAAGCAGAUUCUGGUCUCCAUUCUGGGCGUGAAAUUGAGGACGCUUUCCCUUGCACCAAGCUUCAAGAGGGCCUGAUGACUAUUUCUGUCAAACAACCUGGUUCAUACAUCUCUAAACAAGUAUUCCAUAUCCCACAGCACGUGGAUCUCGACAAUUUCAAAAGCGCCUGGGAAAAAACAGUCGAAUUAUGCAGUAACCUGAGGACAAGGAUAACACUUCAUCAGAAUUCUUCGAUUCAGAUGGUUGUCAAGUACGACAGAGGAGAUGUAUGGGAUGAAGUCAAUGGACUUGAUCGGCGAUCCUUCUUGCGAAAUUCCCACACAAUGCAUAUGGGAUAUGGAUCGCGGCUCUACAGAUCUGCGCUGAUCCAAGAGCCAAAUGGCCAGAACUUCUUUUGUCUUUUGAUGCACCACGCAAUAUUUGACGGCUGGACAAUGUCAAUUAUUCUAAGGACCCUGGUCAGCUUCUACCAGCAGAGCCAAACUCCUCCUGUCUAUCCGUAUAAUAGAUUCGUCAAGUAUACUCAAGACCUCGACUACAACGAAGCUACCAGAUUCUGGCAAGGCCAACUUCAGGAUGCACAAAAGGCAUCGUUCCCGGAUCCAGCCGAGAAUCUCAAUGUCCAAAAACAGACCAAGGUCUUCCAAAAGCACUUGGAAAUCUCUUGGCCCAAGGAUACCAGUGUUACCAAAGCAUCCGUGCUUAGGGCAGCCUGGUCGAUUGUACUUUCACGCUAUUGCACAUCAGAUGAUAUUUGUUUCGGUGCGGUCGUUUCCGGAAGAAACGCGUCAGUAUCAGGAAUCGAAGGAGUUACCGGUCUCAUUACAGCAACUGUUCCUGUCCGCGUACGCCUUUCACGAGACCAGCCGGUUUCCCAGUUCGUUCGAGGCAUACAAGCUCAGGCAUCCGAUAUGGUAGCACAUGAACAGUUUGGUAUACAAAACAUAGCCAAGCUCGGACCUGACGCAAAAGCAGCCUGUGACUUUUCAAGUCUGAUGAUUGUUCAACCCGGUCAACAUGUAGAAAAUCCCACUAGCAAAAAUCCCGAAGCCGUACUUGAGCCCGAUGCAUCGCAAGAAUGUGCUAUCCAAGACUCGAUGCAAAACUUCCUCAAUUAUCCUCUUGUGGUCCAAUUCGUCCUGCAGGGUUCGCAAACAGAGCUUUUCAUUAUGUAUGACCCCAAUGCUGUUACUGAGCAGCAAUCAAUCGCUAUCUCUCAUCAGAUACAACAUGUCAUCAACCAAAUGCUGAAAUAUAACGACAUGCUUCUGGGCCAAUUGUCCGUGUCUGGCCCUUGGGAUCUACAACAGGCAAUUAAAUUCAACUCUCACGUCAGUCAUGAAGUUGUUCAAGCUUGCAUUCACGAUUUAGUUUCCAGCCAUGCUUGUCGCGAACCAUCUCGAGAAGCAAUUUAUUCCACGGAAAGGUCAAUCACAUAUGGAGAGUUAGACAGCCUAUCUGAUCUUCUAGCAUCAUAUCUACAUUUCCUAGGAGUUCGACCUGAAAUGAUGGUGCCCUUCUGCUUCGAAAAGUCCCCUUGGGCUAUCAUUGCGAUGCUGGGCAUAAUGAAGGCUGGAGGUGCAUUUGUUCCACUCGAUCCAGGUCACCCCUUCGAUAGACGAAAGUCUCUAGUCCAGGAAGUGAAUGCUCGCAUCGUUCUAGUAUCCCCCUCGAGUUCACAAGCGUGCGAGGGCAUUACCGAACACGUGAUCGAAAUCUCAGAACAAUUCCUGUCACACCUGAAGGUUUUGGACAUUUCGCUACAUCCUCCAAAGACGACAUCUAGCCCAUAUAAUGCGGCGUACACUCUCUUCACCUCCGGAUCAACUGGAAAGCCAAAGGGUGUUUUGAUCACCCACUCUGCCAUAUGCACGUCACUGAUGGGUCAACGAGAAUCAAUGGGCUCCUCCUCUAACUCUCGUUGGUUCCAAUUUGCAAACUAUAUUUUUGACGCUUGUAUCAGUGAAAUUUGGGGACCUCUGAUCCUAGGCGGUGUAGUCUGUGUGCCAACUGACAGAGAGAGGCUCCAUGAUGCAGCCAAUUUCAUCACAUCGUCCCAGUCCAAUAUCGGAGUCCUCACUCCGUCUUUUGUAAAGACGUUGUCGCCCCUCGCAGUACCGUCUCUCAAAACUCUCAAUCUGGGCGGAGAGGCGCCUACCAAAGACCUACUGGACACGUGGUUUGGACAUGUCGAUCUUCGAAAUGCCUAUGGUCCCACAGAAUCUUGUAUCAGUUGUGCCUACUAUCAGUAUAAAUCCCCUACUGAGUCACCAACCACUAUAGGUAAUGGUUUUGUUCAUAAUACCUGGAUCGUGGAUCCUGAAAAUCACAAUCGCCUAGCGCCCAUCGGGUGCAUUGGCGAGUUACUUGUCCAAGGUUGGUCUCUAGCCCGUGGUUAUAUCGGUGAUGGUGAGAAGACCAAGACAUCAUUCGUUAAUGACGUGGACUGGAUACCACACACUGUUCCAGGCCAUGAGUUUGGAUUCUAUAAGACUGGCGAUCUCGCCAAGUACAACCCGGAUGGCACAAUUUCCUACCUGGGCCGUAAAGACGCUCAGGUCAAGAUUCGAGGCCAACGUAUUGAAAUCGGUGAGAUUGAGUAUCAGAUCAGUGCGGCAGAUCGUUCUAUCAAGCAAGUGGCCGUCGAGCUUGUUCAAUCCCGUUCUCACGAUACUCUUGUCGCACUUUUUACAGUCGACGAUGAAAGCCACGAGGAUGAUGAUGCACAAACUAUCCAAGUGACUGACAAAACACAGUUGAUUUCUAAUACCUUGAUCAACCUCCAUUCGAAGCUGGCAUCUCAACUCCCUGAGUACAUGAUCCCCCAGUACUUUAUCCCCGUGGCGAGCAUUCCACAAAAUACUGCUGGAAAGCUCGAUCGCAGGUCUCUGGCCAAGUUCUUAGCAGCCAUGUCCACUGAGGACUUAUCCAGAUGGUCUCUCAAUCAAAGCUUACCGUUCCGUGAAUGCACAACAGAUGUUCAGCGCUGGCUACGCGAUCAGUGGGCCAAGGUCUUAGCUAUGCCGGCUACGACUAUCAGUUUGGAUGACAACUUCUACAAUCUUGGCGGUGACUCCAUCCGCAUCGUGACACUGAAUAAAUUCAUCUCGGAGAAGUUCAAUGUUCAGCUAGGAAUAUCACUCCUCAAUAGUAAGCAAACCACCAUUGGCACCAUGGCCCAUUAUAUCGAGGAUGCCAUGGAUGAACGUCUCGCCAAUGAGACAUCCAUCAGUGUGGCAGAUGAGAUCACGGCGGUUACCAACGCAUCAUGGGCCAGGCAUCCGCAGCGUUUAAUCGAGAACCCGAUCACAUCCUUGCCAGCCAAUGCUAUUGUCUUUCUAACAGGAGCCACGGGAUAUCUGGGCACCGAAAUUUUACGCCAGCUGGUCCGCUCGGAUGCUAUCAGAACCGUCAUUGUCCUUGUGCGCAGCAAGUCUUCUCGCAUGGGAUUAGAACGCGUCAAGGAUGCAGCUCGUAUCACAGGAUGGUGGCGAGACAAUGAUAAAGACAAGAUCGAGGUUUGGACAGGCGACUUGUCUCAACCUCACCUAGGACUUGAAGAAAGCCAAUGGGCCCAAUUGACAAAGUCAGGCGACGGCCAGAUUGAUGCGUUUAUCCACAACGGUGCAGUGGUCAAUUGGAACGCAGACUACACCAAGCUCAAAGCUGCCAACGUUGAUUCAACUGUCGAUCUUCUUCACCUUGCUUCUGUCUCUGCGUCAAAUCCCAAAUUUGUGUUCGUGACGGGCGGCAUACAAGUCAAUCAUGUUGACGGAGUAGAUGUACACGCGCCAAUUAUCAAUUCACUCAACGGUUAUAUUCAGACAAAGUUCGUAGCGGAGAGGAUUGUGUAUAGCAUGAGCCAGAAACUGCCUUCAGAACAGAACAGAAUUUCAAUCGUCAUGCCUGGGCGAAUCAUUGGAGGCGCAAGUACGGGCGUGGCCAAUGUUGAUGACUUCCUCUGGCGAAUGGUAUCGUGUGCAGCCGCCAUGAGAAAACAUCCUUCCGAUACUCAAGGGCUUUGGAUGAAAAUUGCAGAUGUGUCCAAUGUGGCAGAAGGAAUCAUUGGUCAGAUUUUCGAUCGGGACGGGGUGUCACCUUAUGUCUCAGCAACAGGCCUCAUACCAGAGUCCUUGUUUUGGGAUCAAGUGAACGCGGAAUUGAAGGUUCAAUGUCAGCCUGUUUCUUGGGAGGAAUGGCAAACAUCCGCGAUGGAAUCGAUGAACAAGGCUGGAGAAAAACACCCUCUUUGGCCGGUCCAGCAUUUCGUAUCUCGUCUUGGAAAGCCAGUGGAGAAGGAGGAGAUCGAUGCAGAAGACUACACACAACUUUGCCGCGCAGUAAGAAGCAAUGUGAGAUAUCUUAUGCGCAUCGGCUUCAUCCAGUCGUCAGUAGGCGAAUUUGGCGAUAUUCGCGAGGCAACAAUGAAACGUAUGCACACCACCUGA